GUGGGUGUGUAUGUACAUGUGGGUGAAAGCCUUUCUGUCUGCAAGGACCUGCUGCCGGGGCACCUGUCUUCCCUGGGGCCUGGUGAUUUUAGAGUCUGGCCCCAGCUCCUAUUGCAGCCUGAAAUUAAGCUGUGACCCACGACAAGACAGGAAUGAGUCUUGUCAGCUGAAGCCAGAGCUGGCUGCAGGGCACACCCUGCUUGCUGACCUCUGACUGCUGACUGCUGACUGCCGACACAGACACCACGCAUCUCUCAGCUUCCCGACAGAGGUGUUAAUUUUGAGGGUCUGACAUUCCCUCCUGCCUACUGUGGUCCCAUCCUCUCAGGAUGAUCCCUAAGGAGCAGAAGGGGCCAGUGAUGAUGGCUAUCAUGGGGGACCUUGCCGGACCAGUCCCUUCAUUGGACCUGGGCAAGAAGCUGAGUGUGCCCCAGGACCUGAUGAUGGAGGAGCUGUCACUACGCAACAACCGAGGGUCCCUCCUCUUCCAGAAGAGGCAGCGCCGUGUCCAGAAGUUCACCUUUGAGUUGGCAGCCAGUCAGCGGGCAGUGCUGGCCGGGAGCGCCAAGAAGAAGGUGACGGGAACAGCAGAGCCAGGGAUGGUUGCCAACGGCACCGGCCCGGAGGGGCAGAACUACCGCUCCGAACUCCACAUCUUGCCGGCCUCAUCCGGGGGUCCCGAGGACGCCCAUGCUGCAGCCGUAGCCGCUGCCGCCCGGGUGGAGAGCGCCCGUGGCCCCAGCGCGCUGGCACCAGGCUACGCGGAGCCACUGAAGGGAGUCCCGCCAGAGAAGUUCAACCACACUGCUAUCCCCAAGGGCUACCGUUGCCCGUGGCAGGAGUUCAUCAGCCACCGGGACUACCUGAGCAAUGGCCCAAGUCACACCCCCAGUCCCGCUGACUACCGAAAUUUCAACAAGACCCCAGUGCCAUUUGGAGGACCCUUCGUGGGGGACAUCAUUCCCAGGGCAGGUACCCCCUUCAUCCCAGAGCUCUUCAAUGGCUUGGAACUCCUCCGCCGCAGACCCAGCUUCAACAGAGUGGCCCAGGGCUGGGUCCGUAACCUCCCAGAGUCUGAGGAUCUGUAGCCCCAGCCUGAAUCCCAGUCUCGCGGUUCUGGUAACAUCUGGAGCCAAUUUGUGGACAGCGCUUCACAGUUUAUGAAGGGCCUUAGCUCUCAAAACCUUAUUGCAAAUGGCCUCAAAGGUCACGAAGUUGAGUAGUACCCCAAAAUGAAUAUGCUUUAAAAUUACUUGGCAUGUUGUUCCUAUUAUGGAUUUCUGACCUGUUCUAGAUUUUCAGUCUCUGUUAGUAACCAGUACUCCAGGUGAUUCCGGUGUAACUUGUCUGUGGUCCGUGUCCUUAGGAAUCCCACAGCUUAUACACCCUCAGUGACAAGGUGCCCACUGGCAGCCCAUCUUUAUGUGAAUAACUCCAAUGGCUGCAAAGUUAUUCUAUCAUUAGAACUCUAGGAUGCAGUUGGUCUUCAUCUACGCAUGGGCUAAACAUUUUCUAAGCAUUGACUGUGUGCUAAACAGUGUUCCAGGCCCAGGGCUAGAGGAGGAAAACAUAGUAGGGAAGAUGGAUUUCUAAAGUAGCAAAUCAUCUUAUUUUCCCUAAAGCUUGCUAAUUGGCAAUUGAGGAGCAAAGUGCCAUGGGGCAGACGGGGGGGGUCCCUAACCCUGGAUAGGGGUACGAUUCCAGCAACUUACCAGAAGAGUUGAGUGGGACCUUGGAGGAGGUGUGAGUCUAUUAGAAGAGGGUGCAGGGGAGGGCAUUCCUGGAGAGUGGACCAGAAUGUGCAAAGGUGUGGAAUUGAGAACAGGUGUGGGGUGUUCUGGAGAUGAAAGAAGGCUGUGUUAGAGGAGUGGGUAAGGGCCAGAGUAAGGUGGGCUUCCUUAUUAAGGAAAUGGGGAAGGUUUUAGCAAUGGGUCUUACUGAUUGCUGUGUGAGGUACAGAUUGAAGAAGAAUAAUGCCAGGUGCCAGAAAGUCUGCAGGCCAUGGGGAUGGGGAGAGGGGACCACCCACUGGGCACCUUCCAGAACAAAGUGGGGAACCUAUUAAGACUUCUUUCCAUCCUCCAUUCUGGGCAGGCCCCUUAGUUUGAGUGAUGAGGAGGAAGAUUAGAGUGGUGGUGGUGAUGGUAAUAGCUACUUUUUAUUUAGUGCCUUGGUGCUUGGGCUAGUAGGAGGUUCUUUACUGUAUCUUAUUUCUAAUUCUCAGUACAAUCUUGAGAGAAAGAUAUUUGACAGAUACGGAUAUUCAAGCUCAAAAGGGGUAGAGCCAAAAUGGGACCAUGUCUGACUCCACUGGAUGUCUCGUCACUGCCCUGGGUGAUCAAGCCCAUGCCCACUCCCUCUGGAACCACCUGAUCACAGCGCCUUGCCUUGGGGGUUAGAAGUCAAGCAUGCAGGCUGGGGAACCGGCUGGAUGGGAUGGCUCUAACUCUGCCACUGCUAACCAUGUGGACUGGAGCAAGUCCUGUACAUCUGUGAGCCGCUUUUCUCCAUCUGUUAGAUGUAGAAUGGAGGCUCCUUGGUAGGGACAUUGGGAGCACAGUGCAGGGCACCUUCAUAGUAAUGGCUCAGUUGAUGUUAGGCUUCAUGCAACUACUGCUCUGGGUUGGAAAUGAUGUGCUUGCCGUGGAUGCAGCUUGAGAAGCAGGUUGCUGAGGUGUCACGGGGGCCAGGAAAGCUGAAUCCUAAAGGAAAACCUCUGCCAGCUUCCUGUGGGCAGGAAUCAUCUCCUGCCCCACCUUCCUCCAUCUCCUCCCUGACUCACUUUCACUCUCAGGAAGAUGAGGAAGGCCAAAAGUCCAGUCGAUUCCCAGGGUGGUGGGAGAGGGGUUGCCUUUUCUUUUUGCUCUGGAGUUUCACUUCUCUUCUGAGUCCUAAGGAGACAGCAGCCUGACUCUUAGACUUACAUGCCAUCUCUGUGUUCUCCUGAAUUUUGGGGCUGCCUUUAAAGCCUCUAUGAGCUUUCCAUGAGCUGGAGAUCAACCAUUAACAUGUCUGAAAAGUGGAAGAGAGGACUUGGGUUGCCUUGGGUCAGUUCUGAUGUGCUUGGGAAGGUACCUGUGGCUUCCAGGUGUGGAAGAGAGCCUGACGGGGAGACUGCAGCACCCAAAGAGGAUCCUAAUUUCUUUCUGCUUCUGAUGUGACUUUUGCUGAUGUUGUGAAAAAGAAAAAAAAAAGGAAUGUUAAAAUAAAAAAUGACAAACCAGAAGUAAAAUGUAAAAAUACCU